AUGGAUAUCACUAUUAGGUUGCGGCAUUUCAGAAAAAUGGAAGCUCAUGAUUUACGAGUGAUGCAGGAAUUUAACUGCCCCAUUGUACCAGUUUAUGCGAAAGUGUCGAGGAUGAUAAAGUGGACGGUGUCGGAUGUGGGUAUGUUAAAGCUGAAUGUGAAUGGUGAGUCUUGUGGUAAUCUGGGGAUGUUGGGUGGUGGAGGUGUUAUUUGGGAUUCACAAGGAAGAGUCUUGGUCGGAUUUGCUCAUUUAUAUGGCCAAGCAACAAAUACAAUUGUGGAGUGUCGUGCUUUACUAGAUGGUUUACGGCUAUGUCGUUCGCUUGGGUUGAGGGAUUUAUUGGUGGAGUCUGAUUCUACUGUAGUGGUUGGAUGGAUGGCUUCGGGUAUUAGUAAAUAUUGGUUUUUAUGGGAUUUCUGGGAGGAAGUAAAGAUGCUUGUUCGUUUGCUUAAGGUUCGGGUUCGACAUAAUUUUAGAGAAGCUAAUAUGGUUGCGGAUUUUCUGGCUAAAGAAUGA